UUCAGUUGCUCAGUGAAGUCAUGAAGAGGGACAACAACAAGAUAAUUAAAGAAAAAAUGGCAAAGACAUUUGCCCACAGAAGAAAUGAAAUCAUCAACUGUUCACCAUGCAUUGAAGACAUCAAAGCCAGAUGGCCAGCUCUUUUUGAGCCAUCUCAUCUUCAGGAUGAGUUUCUUAAGAUCACGAUGGUCAGCCUUGAAUCCCAGUUCAUGUUCAAGCUUGAUGAAUACACUCCCAGACUGCUGAAAAUCUUCCACUCCAAGGGCGGAAGUAUGGGUUUGAAGUUACGGUCCAUCCUACUCAAGGUUCCCAGCAGUCCUACCAUCGAUGAGAGUAGAGAGGCUGUCAUUCAUUGUUUGUUGGCUUAUCUUGGGGAAUCUACUGAUCAGCUCUUGAAAGAGUAUGAUGAUGCUGAUGAAGACAGUGUGGCACGGGACCUGGCUGUACAAAGCAUGAAGAUCUACAGAAUCAAGACCAAUGUGUCAGAGGACCCUGAAGACAUUGGAAUUGUGGUUGACGGUGUCAAAGCUCUUACUGCUUUGAAGAACUUUCCCAGGGCCUGCUCCAUGCUUGCUGGGCUGACAUAUGCAGUGGAUCUUGCCUAUCCAAAGGAGCUUCGAUACACAUUUGAAGUUUUCCAAAAACUCCUUCUUGAACUGGAUAGUUCAAAGCUGUCCCCAAAAGUUACCAGCCUCAAGAAUAAACUGUUAGCUUGA